AUGUCCAAGCCAUCACGUCUGCUUCAACAGAGUGUGAAGGGAUUUUCUUUGGUUUAUGGAUCACUUUCAGCAGACACCAGACAGGAUAUCUUCAAUCACUUCAUUAAGAUAUACUUAAGCAAGAAGGCAUCUUCUAAUGAUUCAAUGUUAAUGUGUGGCAAAAAUGAAACUUUUCAAACUUUCGUUGACAACUAUUUAAUGGCUUUUUCUGCCAUUCUGGAUUCAGAAAAGCUGGUGUCACUGAUUCAAUCUGGGCUGCUCUCACAGAAACUAAACACGUUGCUACCAAAUGAGCUGUUACGCUAUCUCAACCAAGACACAAGCAGUAUUCACUGGGAAAUUAUAUUGUCACACUACACUGAAAUCAGUAACUUGUCAGUAUUAAUGGACCUUUUGAAGACAGUCAACAUGAGCUCCGCAACCACAGAGGCUGUAUUGAGGGCUGUGUGGCCAACAUUCCUGAAUUCUUUGGAGUCUCUCAGUGGAUCAGAACUAGAUACAUGGCUUAGCAAACGAUUCUCUGACUAUCUGCACCUAAUAUCUAAGAAACUCCUGAAUGUUGAGGUGGUUCUCAACGCAAGCUGCAGUUUCUACAAGAAUCUGGUCAACGCCUUGUCCAUACACUAUUGGAAUUAUACCACCAGCACUCAUCAAGAUAUCUACAGUGUCUUCAAGACAUAUCUACUGCGUUCAGAUACAAAGCCAAGGUGUUAUGUGAGCUCUGAUGAAGGUGCCGCUUCCUGGAUUUUCACCUACCUCGGAGACUAUUUGACCCAUAGCACGCCUGAGGACCUAAGAUUAUUUACUAAUAAUGUGACUCUGCUUCAAGAUUUUUCAGUGGAUCAGACCUGCUUGGCUUUGAUAGAACGUUUGAACCUUUCUGAAGAGCUAAAGAUAUUCUUCUCAGAAUUAAUAGCAUCGAAAGAUCCAUCUAUAUCGUUAACAAAAGUUCCCAGAAAAAUUUUAUGUUACAUAAUUGGUAAACUAAACAUCGGCUCAGUCGGUGAAAGUCAGGCUUUGGCAACAGCAAAUAUCCUAAAGAACUGUAGUAUAUCCAACAUCACCCUAGGAAAUGAUGUUUUGGCAUCUCUGCUUUCUUCAGUGAGUACAUUCACAGCAGAGACCCUGGGGACGCUCGGUUCAUUAGCUGGUGCACUGUCACCCACUGCAAUAAUAGAGAAAACCACUGGGAGCGCUCUGCAGCAGAGUUUACCAACCUUGUCCAAGAUUGAGACCUGGAGCGUUGCUCAAGCGUCUUCUGUGGUCAAGAAGAUAACAGAAGUCGGAUUUACGAUUAAUGCCACUUCUCUAGGAUCUCUCGGUAGUUUGGUGAUUGGUCUUGAGGCCAAUACAAUGGACAAUCUAACAAGUGCAGACAUUUCAGCUCUGGCUAAUAACACGAGAUUUGUUAGUUACAUGGAGCAGGCAACAACGACAUUAAGACAGAGAUUUGUGCAACAGGUGAUACAGGUUGCUUUGGCCUCCAAAAAAAACAUAUUCCAGGUGGUACCUGCUAACCUGGCAAGUGAAAUCCCUGUAUCGAGGUUAAUCAUGUCCAUCAACAACGUGCAAGAACUUGGCCAGAUGAAAUGGACAACCAGCCAGGCUCAAGUUUUUUUCCAGAAAGUAAUGGAUAAUGUUACAGACUACUCCAACCUCUCCGUCAACAUCCUACAAGGAUUCACCUGCGGCGCUACUAAUAGUUUAAACAACAGUCAGUUUCAGAGUCUCAUAAAAUCCAUGAAAAAUGUGACAUUACAAAGCAGCCAGCUAAGCUGCGCCACAAAGCGACUCACAAACACAGAUGUUUCAACAGACUUUAAAAGUUAUCCAAGUGAUGUCCUUCUCUUCAUUGGUUCCAGUUCCAACACAUUUUUACCAGAUUGUAAGGAUUAUUUCAGUCUUCUGGGAAAGUCUAAUAUUGACCUGCUGCCAAGAACAUCUCCAAUACGUACAACCCAUCUCACCAAUGCAAAGACCUGUCUGAAAAUUUCCGGCACGCUUACUAAGGACAAUUUGGAGACUUUGGGCUUCCUGGCCUGUGAUCUGACAGCAUCUGAAAUCAUUGCAGCAGACCCCUAUAUAUUAACGGUUCUGAGGUCCUGCUCCUCCUUUACCGACUUGCAAAAACCAGCCAUAAACAGCAAGAUUAUUAACAUAAAUGGGAACCCAGGCAACUGGACAAUCUCCACCUUGAAAGAAAUUGGAAAUCUUGCUAGUAUCCUGAGUACCUCUACUCUCCAGCAGCUCCCCAUGGCUUUGAAGAUAGAAUUCUUCCCGAAUUUCCUGGGCAACAUUAAAAUUAAAUAUAAGACGUCGUUCUCGUAUAUCAUGAAACAGCUGAAGGAGUCGCCGAUUAGCACACGAGCACUGCCAUCUUGUACCAACCUCACUACAGACAUAAUAGUCAAACAAAAAGAUUUCAUCGCCGUCAGCUACCCAAGCAGUGCCUUGGAGACCUGUCUGGACGCCAGCGUAAUGGUCGAUAACCUGGACACUCUUGGAUCACUGGCUUUUGAUGACAGCCAGCUUCUUGUAUUGAGGAAAAAACUGGAUGUGGCGUUCACUAAUGGUAUCCCAGAGGAUUAUCUCCUCCAGCUCGGUAAUAUCGCUAGGAUGUAUAGCACUGAUGAAAUUGCCAAGUGGAACAUUACAAGACUCCAGACCUUAUCAUCUCUGAUCGAAAAGGGGUCCUGGGAAAGUAACGAUACAAAGGUCAAUGCUUUGGUCUCUCGUUACCUACAACAACCUAGGGCCAGUUUAGAUGGUACCACUCUAACCAUCCUGGCACCAAAGGUCUGCAGCUUAAGUGGGGACAACAUUGGAAGAAUUAGCAGUGAUGCUAUAGGAAGCAGCACGGUGCCAAUGGAUACAUCCACCUGUUCUCAAACCAACAAGAAUAUCUUAUUUAGCAAACUCAAAUCUGCCUACCAAUCAUUUGCUGACUCCAAAUAUGCCUACUACCUGCUUCUUCAGCCUGCUAUAGGUGGGGCGAGGGCUGCUGAUUUAAUUCAGUUGUCAAAGGAUUCCCCGAACAUGGAUAUCAAUGUAUUUGCCGGGCUGAAUCCAGAGGAAGUGAAGAAUCUGGCUGCCAGCACUAUAAAAGACCUCCUAGGACAGAACGUGGCUGACCUGAGCUCAAUAGCCAGCAGCGAUCUCAUUAAAGGCUGGGUCGCGAUGAACACACAGACCGCGGUCAACCUCUUGGGCCUCAACCUACCGGCCGGAGUAAAAGAACCCACUCCAAAUGGCUUCAUUGUUCUCGAUCUAGCAACUCAACCGUCAGGAGCCGCACCGUGUCAUAUUUCAUCCAUUCUACUGUUUAGCACAGCGGCCUUCGUGGUUCAAAUGAUCAGUCCUUUCUUAUAAUCGCUCGUCCUAUUCGCACAUCAACGCACAUAUCUGCAAAUAUCCUACAAAUCUUGUCUUCCAACGGCAGCGAAGUACUUCAGUGAUCGAGACUUCAUGAAAAGUCUAUGAAGGCACUGAUGUUUACGAAGACAAAAUUCAGCAUUGUUGUGAGUGCAGAUAAACUUCCGACCAUUUCGGGGGGUUUUAGCCAAAUAUUUUCAUUCCUUACACCACAAUACCUCAAUAACAAAAA